UGGAGUUUCUCCUUCUCAACAGUUUCUCGAAAAUUACGAAUCAUUCAUUAUAUGUGAAAGUGAAAACGCCCGACACGGCAGAGAUGUGGACGUUUGAUAUGGACAAGGGGCCAAGGAGGCUGAUGAAAAAGGGAUUAACUCUCAUCCUGGUUGGCCAUAUCAGCUUCAUUCUUGGAGCUAUUGUCCAUGGCAGUGUCCUCCGCCACAUUUCCAAACCCAGCCAGCAUACCACCACUGAAUACACCAUGGCCAACAUCAUCUCGGUCACAUCGGGCCUGCUGAGCAUUGCCACUGGGAUUAUUGCCAUUGUGGUGUCAAGGAACCUUCCCGUGUCAAAACUUCAAAUAGGACUUUUAAUUGCAUCAUUCCUGAAUGCCUUGCUCUCAGCAGCAUGUUUCGUCGGGCUCGUCUUGGCCAUAAGUAUCACUGUUGCCCACAACGGUGAGGGUUUGAUGCUGGGAUGCAAUUUCACAGACGUGCCCCUCAACGCUCGGUCACCUGUCAGUGCCAGAUGCCCGUUUGACACCACACGGAUCUAUGACACCACCCUGGCUCUGUGGAUCCCGUGUGCUCUCAUGUCAGCAGUUGAGGCCGGAGUGUCGGUCUGGUGCUUCAUCGUUGGACUGGCUCUCAGAGGGCUGCCACCCUGUGGGAACAGCUACAUCAAAGAGCAGUUGGAGGUAGAAGCUGCGUGCGCUCCCCAAAGCCAACGCUUGAUUGCACAACGCUUGAACCUUGACGCCUAACGGAACACAAAGCAGGAAGGACACCGCUCUGUUUGGGAGGCACAGCUAAAUCCCAGAAGGCAUUGCUGCACCUGUAUUGAGACCAGUGGAUGUUGCCCUUCAGUCGGUUAGGUGAGUGUCACUGUGGAACAGGUGUGACAUCCUUUUUAAGAACCUGGUUCUCGCUUCACAGUAUCAUACAGCCGCACACUCCUGAUACCAAAUGAUUUAUUUGUUUUUAUUUAAAAACUAAAUAUUUUGUCUCGUGUGUGUCAAUCAUUUGCAGAAUAAAGUGGGUUGAUAUCAGUGCAUCUGUCCCUGAUAAAACCUGUGGUAAAUUAAUUGACAGUGAAAGAUAAAGAAAUAGGAAAACUCACACGAUGUAUGUUUCAGUGUCGUUCAGGUCGGUGAACAUAUACAGUGUGUGUGUAAGAUAAUAUGAAGUUUAAAUGUAAUCUUAUUAGCAUCAAUCCAGGACUGUUUAGGUUAAUUUGUGCCAUGUCAUUUAUUUCACCAUGAAGAAACCUCUGUUGAUUAAGAAAAUAUAUUUUAUUAUCUAGCACCAUUUUUAAAAACUCCGCUAUUUUUAAGCCAAAUGAAGGUAUAUUUUAGCUUUAAUGAACUUUGAUAUUUUAUUAUUAUAAAUGUUUUUAAUAUACAGUUUAUCUAGAUUUUAAUACAUGCUGUUACAUCUCAGAUGCAUUCAGUAAACCAUUGUGCCUGUUGGCCAUAAUAUGACAAAGUAUAUUUAAUUAUAUGUAUGCAGAUACAGGAUUUGGCUUCAAAUUCAAUUGGGCACGCUGAAUUGCACUUCUUGAAAGUAUUUUGUAUGAUUAUAUGUGUUGCUGUGUCUUUAUGUUGCAGAUAAAUCCUUAACUAGAUGAACAAAGUGCCUUUUGAAUUUCAUAGAUAUAUGCUGAAUAGGAAACACAACCUAUUAAAAAUAUAUGUGAAAAUGUAGUAUGAACUCCUAUAUACUGUAUUCUACUAUACUGUGGUUAAAUGUCAAGUAAUGUCUAUAAAGAGGUUAAGCCAGUAUGUGGGCCAGCCCCCUCAGAUGGCACAGACCCCCCACAAGGCAACGACGGAGAAGAUCCGAUCAGUGAUGAAACGGUUAAUCCAAUGCCAUGCUCAAUUGUGUGGAAAGGAAUCAUAGCAUGCAGUACUAAUCCUCAGGCUGUAAGGGAUAAAUAUUGACAUAGUGCUGACUGACACAAUCUCAACAAAUCUGUUCUGCCAUGUAAGAGGACACUCAUUAAAUGUCUGUUUGAAAUUACAAGAUGAAUAUGAGGUAAGAUUACUGUUGUGUAAGCUGGUUCUCGGGGACAUCUUUUCCUAUGAAGUAAUGGAUCUAUCAUAUAUGAAGUUGAUAUAGAAUCCAGUUUACUUAUAUAUAAUGCCAAUCAACAUUAAUAUAUUUUAUAUCAAUAAUUGAUGAUCUAGCAAAUUGCUUAUUUGUGGAAGGGUAUUUGUAUGACUCUGAUUUUCAUUAAUUAAAUGUUAAAAUUUUAUUUUCUUGAAAUUGAUUGUCUUAAAAAACCUAAAUUUUCUACAAAUGAAAAACACACAUUGAUUUGAAUGGAUGGCAGACUUAAAGUUCACUUAAGAGGCUAAAUGGAGAAUACAAAACUCAUGGUGAUAGCAUUGUUGUUUCCUAAUGAGAAUUAUAAGCUCUUGAAAUAACUGGAGCAGGAAAGCCCAGUGGGACAAAACCAGUGUCUUCACUAAUCUUUCCCUCCGCUGCAGCCGAGAUGUCAACGCUCUUAACAUGUAUUAGUUAUAUUGCCUCAUUUUAAAGACAAUUACAAAUGUGGAUGUAUGGUAUGUUUCAUUUGUUGCUUCAUGGUUGUAUAGCAGUAUAUACAUUUUCUGUAAAAAUGUUAAUAAAUAUGUUUUAAUAGUG